CUAACCCCUUCAGCACGUCAUCAUCGGGUGGCAGCUGGGAGCACGUUUUAGUGCUACAGUCACAAACCCAGCGGAGCUGAAGUGUCAUAACGAGUCCUAACUUACUAGCCGUGGGACAGGAGAGUGCACCAUGGCGGCUCUGAGUGGUUUUGACAUUGAUGCCCCACGCUGGGAUCAGUCCACGUUCAUGGGACGUCUCAAACAUUUCUUCAACAUUACGGACUGUCGCACCGCUCUCCUUUCUGACUCCAAACUGGACGAAGCGAAAGCUUUAGUGGAGAGCUGCAGAGCAGGGUCUGUCCCUCCAGGUACCACUGUGGAACAGCUGCACUAUGCCAAGAAGCUCUAUGACUCAGCAUUUCACCCUGACACUGGCGACAGGAUGAACCUGAUUGGCAGAAUGUCUUUCCAAGUGCCUGGGGGCAUGGCCAUCACAGGCUUCAUGCUGCAGUUCUACAGGACGGUUCCUGCUGUGGUGUUUUGGCAGUGGGUUAAUCAGUCUUUCAACGCUUUGGUCAACUACACCAACCGCAAUGCUGCCUCUCCAAUCACACCCAAACAGAUUGGGGUGGCUUAUGCAACAGCGACAAGCACUGCAUUGGCCACUGCUGUGGGUUUGAACCUUUACACAAAGAAAGCUCCGCCUCUGGUGGCUCGCUGGGUGCCUUUUGUAGCCGUGGCUGCAGCUAACUGUGUAAACAUCCCCAUGAUGAGACAACAGGAAAUCUUGAAUGGCAUCGCGGUCACGGAUGAAAAUGGAAAUAAGCUUGGCCACUCAAGACAAGCAGCAGUCAAGGGCAUCACACAGGUGGUCAUUUCUCGAGUCACCAUGGCAGCACCAGGCAUGAUCAUCCUCCCUAUUAUAAUGCAGAGACUAGAAAAACAUAGAUUCAUGCAGAAAAUUACAUUUCUGCAUGCACCGUUGCAAGUGAUGAUGGUUGGAGUGUUCCUGAUCGUCAUGGUGCCUGCAGCCUGUUCACUGUUUCCACAGAGAUGCUCUCUGGCUGUGUCCAAGCUGGAGCCAGAGCUCAGAGAGUCCAUCAUCUCUCAGUAUGGUGACAGUGUCAAAUAUGUCUACUUCAACAAGGGCUUGUGAUGCUUGUACCUGAUUCUCCUAGGAUUGAGGGACCUGGGCCAAUCCUGAGCUGGACCAUAGGGAGUGGCCAAUUUUUGCCCAAAUGCAGACAUGUAGGACACAUUAGUCUUUUUUUUCAUGUUACUCAUCUAAAAGUGUUUCACUUUGAAAAAAGUCUUAGAUUAAGAUGUAUGGUCUGAAAUGGGGUCUUUAAGUUCCCAAAGACCUCUAGCCUGUUUGUAUUUAUCCAGUUCCCAGCACUCAUAAACCAGAUAGAGCAGGUUACAAGCUGAGGAAUACUGAUAACCUGGCUCAGGUGAGUUACCAGCUGGAGUUGAAUAAAAUGUGGACUGUGAGUUGUACUGGAAUGGGCUGAAUAUGGAUCAGAAUUUACACUUGGUUUACAUCAUUGAUUACACUGAAAAUGGUUUGAAUCACUUUGUUUUUAUGAUCGUUUUACAGAGGCUGAUUUUUUUACUUUUGAUUAGAAAAUAAUUGGACAAGCCUGUUAGAAUUGGUCAUUAAGCCUUUCUGGUGCCAACAGUCAGAGCUAACUAAUCAUGAGUAGACUUUGUUUUGGAGCUGUUUUUAACUGUGAAUAGGGAGAGGGGUGUGUAAUGUUAAUGCUGAGCAUACUGAUCUCUCAGGAACUUUUAAUUAAGAGGUUUUAAGCUUUACAGGUCAAUUUAGUACUUGAAACAGGUUAAAGGGCCCAUAUUGUGAAAUACUGAAUUUUUCUAUUUUUUUUUUUUUUUAAUAAAUGAGUUUGAUAUGGUGACGUUAAUUAAAAGUUUUAAUACGGACGGUUCACUCCACCAGUCCAUAUGUGGAAAGUAAGUAGCAAAAACAGCCCAUUUUGAAUUUGCUGUUUUUAUGAUGUCACAAAGACAUAACAAAAUUACAUUCACAGAAGUUUAGUCCCACCCAUUCCUGCUAAAGCUAUAGGUGUAUCUUUUGAAUGAGGCACAAUGAUCAGAAUGGAGGUCCAUAUACAUUUACAUUAGUCUUAAUAAACAACAAAAACUUCCUGUUUAAUUCGUCAUAGAUCCAAGUCUGUGGUUAUAUAAAAUGAAUUAUAGUUGUUUUUGGCGCAUAAACUCACACAAACCUUAGAAGUGGUCUUCAUGGAAAAAAUAAAAUACAAGAAAAUUUAGGAUAUGGGCCCUUUUUGUUAAUGCAGGUUUAUGAGAUGUUACAGUGUAUGUAUCGCCAAAUAUAUGAAUGAGAUGAUAAUGUUAUGGACUGUUAAUGAUCUGUAUUGAGAUGUUACUGCUACUCCUUCACAAUGUGCCUUAUACACAAAAAACCCUUGAAGUAGAACAUUCUGUCCUAGUUUUUCUGACCUAGUCUGCAACAUCCUCAUACACGUACAGCCACAUCUUAAGUAUGAUGCAUAUUUUAUAAUUUUCAGAGAUGAAAUAAAUACAGCCACACUUGUAGACUGUUGUAUCUUUA